UAUUUUGAUAUUAUUUUAUAUAGAAUUUAAUUUAAUUGAAUGAAUUCGAAAUUUCUUCAUAUGUAACAUCAAUAUGUUCUUAACUUUGAAUAUCUUUCCACUUUAAAUAUAACCUCCUUUGCCGGUUACAAAAAAUUGCAGUAAGUUAUGAUUAUAUUGUUAUAUCGAAACAGUUGAACAUUAAUAUAUAAUAAAAAGUAUGACUGCGAGAUGGGAAAUAUACUUUUUGACAAUAUCAAUGUUAUUGUUUACCGUUUGUGUACAAAGUUUGCAAAGUUUAGAAGUAAUAUAUGCAAUAAAUGCUGGUGGAGAUACACAUACUGACAGUUAUGGAAUUCGUUAUACUAGAGAUCCUUUAAUGAAUAAAGUUGGAACUGCAUCUGAUUAUGGCAAGCAGUUAAUUAUUGGUCGAGUAAAUACUAUUGACCAAAUUUUGUAUCAAACUGAACGUUAUCAUCAUAGCACAUUUGGAUAUGAUAUUCCAAUAAAUGAAGAUGGAGAUUAUGUUAUGAUAUUAAAAUUUUGUGAAGUUUAUUUUAACUCUCCUAAUAUGAAGGUAUUUGAUGUUGUAUUAAAUGGAGAUCAUACUGUUGUUACUGAUUUAGAUAUUUUUGAGAGAGUUGGACGUGGUAUAGCACAUGAUGAAUAUAUAUCAUUUAAAGUUCAAGCUGGAAAAUUAAUAUAUAAUGAUGAAGAAUCUGACAUAUUAGCUGGAAAAAUUAGAGUUGAAUUUAUAAAAGGUUAUAGAGAUAAUCCAAAGAUAAAUGCUAUUGCAGUGGUGAAAGGAAAUAUAGAAGAUAUACCACAAUUGGGCCCAAUUCCUCAAGAACCAGAAGAAUAUCAUAAUAUACAAGAAGAUGAGGAAGAGUCUACAGUUCGUAGUCGACAUACUAGUGGUCCUAGAACUCCAGAUCCUUAUUCAAUCGAUGAUUCUUCAGUAAUGUUACCAGUUUUUGUAGCUCUUGGGGCAUUUAUUCCUUUAUUAUUUUGCCUAUGUAAAUUAUAGGUGGUAAAAUUUUGCACAUAAAUGCCUUGUACUUAAAAAAUAUAAUUUAAUCAGCUUAG